CCUUCUCUUUUUCAACUACAACAAAAGCCCUAAAACCCUACUUUUGGCUCUCUCCAUUCUCCAAGACUCUGCGUAGAAGAUAAAACCAGAAGAGAAGAAAAACCCGAAAACCUACUUUUGUCUCUCUCUUUCUACUCUGCAUAGGCCAUAUUCAACGAUAAUGGGGAUAUUCGAGCCGUACAGGGCGAUAGGAUAUAUAACCAGUGGAGUUCCGUUCGCAAUGCAGAGACUUGGAACGGAGACCUUUGUGACGGUUAGCGUGGGAAAGGCCUUUCAGGUCUACAAUUGCGCCAAGCUUACUCUCGUCCUCGUCAGUCCUCAACUACCCAACAAGAUUCGCGCUCUCGCCGCCUACCGUGAAUACACUUUCGCCGCCUACUCCACCCACAUCGCUGUUUUCAAGCGUGCUCACCAGGUUGCAACUUGGAGCAGACAUAAUAUGAAGGUAAAUUCAUUGCUAUUGUUUGGGGAGCACAUCUUGAGUGUUGAUGGUGAUGGUGAUAUGUUCAUAUGGGCAUUCAAAGGAGUCGAUGUGAACCUUGUUCCAAUUGGACACAUUAAGCUUGAUGACAAGUUUAGUCCCACUUGUAUUAUGCAUCCGGACACUUACCUUAAUAAGGUUCUUCUCGGGAGCCAGGAAGGUUCUCUGCAGCUCUGGAAUGUUAGCACUAAGAAAAAGCUUUACGAGUUCAAAGGGUGGAACUCAUCCAUCUGCAGUUGUGUUUCAUCGCCUGCAUUAGAUGUUGUUGCGGUUGGUUGUGCUGAUGGGAAGAUUCAUGUCCACAAUAUUCGUUAUGAUGAAGAGUUGAUAACAUUUACGCAUUCCAUUCGUGGUUCUGUCUCUGCAUUGUCUUUCAGCACUGAUGGGCAGCCUCUUCUGGCUUCAGGAGGUUCAUCUGGCGUCAUAAGCAUAUGGAAUCUUGAGAAAAGAAGGCUUCAGUCAGUCAUAAGAGAGGCACAUGAUAGUUCAAUAAUUUCAUUACAUUUCUUUGCUAAUGAGCCUGUUCUAAUGAGUGCAUCAGCAGACAACUCAAUUAAAAUGUGGAUUUUUGACACAAGUGAUGGAGAUCCCCGUUUAUUACGUUUCAGAAGUGGACACAGUGCCCCUCCACUUUGCAUAAGGUUCUAUGCAAAUGGUAGGCACAUUUUAUCAGCUGGCCAAGAUCGUGCCUUUCGCCUUUUCUCUGUCAUCCAGGACCAGCAAAGUAGGGAGCUUUCUCAACGUCACAUAUCCAAGCGAGCUAAGAAGCUCAGGGUGAAGGAAGAAGAUCUAAAAUUGAAGCCUGUUAUUGCAUUUGACUGUGCUGAAAUUAGGGAGCGGGAUUGGUGCAAUGUUGUUACGUGUCAUACGGACACUGCAGAGGCAUAUGUGUGGAGACUACAAAAUUUUGUUCUUGGUGAGCACAUCCUGAGACCAUGUCCAGAAGAUCCAAAACCUGUGAAGGCUUGCGCUAUCAGUGCAUGUGGCAAUUUUGCUGUUUUAGGGACGGCAGGUGGUUGGAUAGAACGAUUCAACAUUCAAUCAGGAAUCAGCAGAGGUAGUUACCUCGACAUGUCAGAAAGAAGAAGCCAUGCCCAUGAUGGAGAGGUGGUUGGGGUUGCUUGUGAUUCAACAAAUACUCUCAUGAUAAGUGCAGGAUAUCAUGGAGAUAUAAAGGUUUGGGAUUUCAAGGGUCGUGAAGUAAAAUCCAGAUGGGAAAUUGGUUGUUCUUUGGUUAAGAUUGUAUACCAUAGUCUAAAUGGUCUUUUGGCUACUGUUGCAGAUGAUUUGAUUAUCCGUUUGUUUGAUGUUGUGGCAUUAAGGAUGGUUCGUAAAUUUGAAGGUCAUACAGAUCGCAUUACUGACUUAUGUUUCAGUGAGGAUGGAAAAUGGCUUCUCACUUCCAGCAUGGAUGGCACUCUUAGAAUUUGGGAUGUUAUCCUAGCAAGACAAAUAGAUGCAAUACAUGUUGAUGUAUCUAUCACAGGAUUGUCUUUGUCACCAAACAUGGACGUCUUAGCAACCACCCAUGUUGAUCGAAAUGGUGUCUAUUUGUGGGUCAACCAGUUAAUGUUUUCCGGAACUGCAAAUAUUGAUUCUUAUGCAAGUGGAAAUGAAGUCGUGAAUGCCACACUGCCAUCCAUCUCUUCAAUGGAAGGUUCUCAUGUGGAGGAUUCUAAUAAACCUGUUGUGCACCAGUUACAAUCAGUAGAUGCUUCUACGUCACCAAUUUGCAAUCAGCAAAUACCGGAUCUUGUUACUCUCUCAUUAUUGCCUAAAAGCCAGUGGCAAAGCUUAAUCAAUUUAGACCUUAUAAAGGUGCGCAAUAAACCUGUUGAACCUCCAAAGAAACCUGAUAAGGCUCCGUUUUUCUUGCCUUCAGUUCCAACCCUCACUGGAGAAAUAUUAUUUAAGCCAAGUGAGUCGGCUACUGAGAAAAAAGAUACAAAAGGUGAUGAAGGGGAAAGUAAGUGGAAAAUGGAUACGCAACCAUCUCAAUUUGUGAAACUUCUUCAGUCCUCUGCAGAGACGAGAAAUUUUUCAGCAUUUACUGAUUACCUGAAAGGUUUAUCUCCUUCCGCUUUGGAUAUGGAACUCCGAAUGCUUCAAAUAAUAGAUGAUGAUGAUGAGCAAGAAGUUGAGGAGAGACCUGAAAUGAUUUAUAUAGAACUCCUCCUUGAUUAUUUUAUUCACGAGAUCUCCUGCAGAAACAACUUUGAGUUCAUACAGGCAAUCAUAAGGUUGUUUUUGAAGAUACAUGGUGAAUCAAUACGGCGACAGACACAAUUAAAGGACAAGGCUAGGAAGCUUCUGGAAAUCCAAGGUACAGUAUGGCAAAGAAUUGAUAAAGUAUUCCAAAGUGCCAGGUGCAUGGUUACUUUCCUUAGCAAUUCACAGUUUUGAGUAUCCUGAGAUACAUCAACUUCUGUUCAAUGAGCCUAUUUGUUGUAUUCAAAUCUGCAUUAGUUCAUGCAAUGUCUUGCCGUUGGAAAUAAACUUUCUGACAAAAUUUUGACGUUACUGGACAAGUUGGUCUGUCAUUUUUCAUUUGAGGUGGCACCAUUGCUGUCUAUGUAAGGUGGUGGCAUAUUUAUUUUUAUGUAUGUGAUAAUAAUAUCAGUAAAGGAAGGACCUGAGUGUUGCUUGGAUA